AUGGAGUCGAUGGCCGGUGCACAAAUGCCAUUCUUUUUCAAUGUUGCUAUUUUUGACAAUCCAUUACUAGUAUUGGACUGUGUACACAUUCUAGAGUACUACUCUUGGAAGAGAAGAAUUCGUGGAAACCGAGAAAACUGCGGAUGUGAACUCGACGGACCACUAACACAAGCACUUGCGCUUACUCUAGAGGAUAACUGCACUGUGUUCUUUGGCAACUUGAUUCUUCGAGGGACGGACACACCUUCUUACGAGACUCUGCUGCGAAAGUUUGGCACUGCCACUAAAAUAUCUGGUGAAAUAGCCGUGAUCGAUACGGAUUUCGUGGAUUUGAGUUUCUUUGGCAAUCUACAAGAAGUCUUUGUUGAGUAUGACCUACAAGCUACCGAAUUUGUCGAGAAGUUCUUGCGAAUUGAAAAUAAUGAGAAACUGCAACGACUAGGCUGGAAUGCGUUG